AUGGACGACGAAAAGCAAGACAUGGAAGUAGAAGAAGAAGUAGAUUCUGGUGACGAUGGCUUUGACUUCCCACCAGACGACAGUGUCGUCAACAUGUUGGACGAAGUGGACUUAUCUGAAGAAUUACCAUGUGUCACGGACAGAUACUUCACCCCAUACUACAAAAUAGACGCCCAAAAGCCGAAUAAUGACAUCUGCAUCAGAAUCCACAGCAACCGCAUCUGCAUGCUGUCCUUGGCCCCAAGUCACCCAGUUUUAGCGAAAGACAGCGAGAUCGAGAAGAUUAACUUCAAGGUGACUGAAAAGUUGGACCGGGCGACGAACAAAGUUUCGGGAAAAGCCAAGCAUGGCGCGCAGCCUCUGCAGGAAAAUUCCAACAUUUGCUUCAUCACUCUGGCUAAUGGAGAGACCUGGCCCAUCAAGUGCUGCAUGAUUGGCAAGUUGGUUGAGAUCAAUGAGGCCUUGAUUGAUAAUCCUGAGUUGAUCAGGAAGCCGCCUGAUCGGGGUGGGUAUCUUGCUAUUGUCUUGCCGAAUAUUAAAGCUCAUGAAGGUAUGAAGGAUAAGCUGCUGGAUGAGGAGGGUUAUAAAAAAGCUAUCGCUCAGAGAGAAUUUAAUUGCAAUUCUAAUAAAAAUGAAUUAAAUUCUGAUAAGAAGGAAUUAAAUUCUGAAAUAAAAAAUGAAUUAAAUUUUGAUAAAGAAUCAAUUAAUAUUAAAAGAGAUAGAGAAGAAGAAGAAAUACCUAAAAGAGAAGAAAAAUUACAAAAAUGUUAA